AUGCGCACACCAACUCUGGUCAAAGCAGCUUCAGCGGCGCUCCUUCUGGGAGUCCUGCCUUUCGUAGCCGGCCAUGGCGACGGUGGGAUGGACAUGGACGCCGAGGAACCAAAGGUCACCUCAAUAGAUCCAGAUUCGCCCACAGGGAUUGCGCACAGAUUGCCAAGUUACUUCAGGCAUCCUCACUACGCUGGAUGGAAUCUGGCACAUCUUGUGCUGAUGGUCCUGGCUUGGUUUGUCAUGAUGCCUCUCGCUAUCAUGCUGAGCGGAGCGAGAUCAAGAUGGCAUCUUCCAGCCCAGGUUGUAUUCCACAUCUUCAACGGCCUCGGACUGUUCGCUGGAUUUGUGUACAACCACUCGACUCCCGAUCUGUACGAGAACAACGCACACCAUCCCCUAGGAUGGGUCAUCACGGCUUUCACGAUCGCCUGGACCAUCAUGUCUGCCUACACUGCAUAUGGCGAAUACAGGAGCAGAAGAAGGGCAUCAUUGGAGCAUGGCCAGGAGAUCACGGCUCAAAACAUGGCACAGUACCACUGGGUCAGCCAGUACAACGAUAAUGUCUCGCCAAGGGAUUCUAGGGACUCCGGUCAAGGCACCGAGCGAAACUCUGCAUCCUUGUUCGGUUCUCGGCAGAACUCGUCAGAAUCCAUCCUGCGCAAGCCAGUGGAGUUGGAGGAUGAUUUCGAAGACGAGGAGGAGAAGAACACGAACGCUGAAAGACGAGGGUUUCUAGGCAACAACAGAAUCGAUCGUUUCAUCUCGCGCGGCGUCAAGCGCUUCUCGACGCAGCGCGCCUCGACGGUGGUGCGAUUCCUCCAGAUUUUCCUUGAGAAGGUGCUGCUUCUGCUGGGCUUCGCUGCUCUAACCACGGGCUUCGUCGUCUCGGGUGGUAUCUUCCGUGACAGACAGAUCUUUUCUGGUCUGGCGCAUUACAUCAAAGGCGGCAUCUUUGUCUGGUACGGCUUACUGACCCUCGGCCGCUGGAUGGGAGCUUUCACCGAGUUCGGUUGGGCCUGGAAUGUUCGGCCGAACUAUCCGCUCGUCGCGAAGUGGAAGAGCAAGAUCCCAUCUGCCGAAUACACGGAGUCUUUCGUCAUCUGGCUGUACGGCGCGAGCAAUGUCUUCCUCGAGCACCUCAACAAUUGGGGCGAUCAGUGGACGGCGUCCGACCUCGAGCACUUGAGCAUCACGCUGCUGUUCUUCGGCGGCGGCCUCCUUGGGAUGUUGAUCGAAUCCAGCUGGGCGCGCAAUUUGAUGGACACGACUGUCGUUCUACAGAACAGCAAGGAAGAGGAACACAAUACGGGUGCAGGUGCGGGUGCGGGCACCUCCCGCUUUGCCGCUGGCCCGGCCGUAGAAGAGCCGGCUGAGGUACGCUGGGAGCAGCCAAAGACGUACCGAAUCCCUCUCAAUCCUAUGCCAGCGCUGACGAUAAUGCUUCUGGGCAUGAUGAUGGGCUCGCACCAGCAGAAGAGCAUGGUCAGUACAAUGAUGCACGCGCAGUGGGGAGGACUCUUUACAGCCUUUGCCUUGGCGCGAGGCGUUACGUACAUCAGCCUGUACCUGAAGCCACCGACCUCCCAUUUCCCAUCACGGCCUCCGAGCGAGAUCGUAGCGGCUUUCUGUCUGACCAGUGGAGGCUUUUUGUUCAUGAACAGCGCUGCGGAUGUCGUGUGGGCGAUUGAAUCGAAUGGCCUGGAUGCUAUGACGAUUUUCACCGUCACGAUGGGCUUGACGGGUGUGAUAAUGACUUGGGAGAUUGUCACGUUCGCCAUCAAGGGAUGGGCCGUGAGGAAAGAGAGAGUGGCUGCUGGCAAGCCUUUGCCAUGA